AUGUGUUUCAGAGCCCUGCAUAAGGCCUGUGAGAUUUGGGAGGGUAUUCUGGUGGAUCACCCCACAGACAUGCUGGCACUGAAGUUUGCCCAUGAUGGAUUCUUCUACCUGGGUGAACAGACUCAGAUGAGAGACUCGGCGGCCAGGGUUCUGCCCCACUGGAAACCACAUAUGCCGUUUUACAGCUAUCUUAAAGGGAUGUAUUCCUUUGGGCUUCUUGAGACUCAUUUGUAUGAUGAAGCUGAAAAAAUGGCAAAAGAGGCCCUGGCUCUGACCCCUGAGGAUGGUUGGAGUGUCCACGCUGUGGCUCAUGUCCAUGAGAUGAAAGCAGAGAUGGACAAGGGACUGAAGUUCAUGGCCUCUACAGAGAAAGACUGGAUGGUGUGUGACAUGUUGGCAUGUCAUAAUUACUGGCACUGGGCUCUAUAUCACAUUGAAAAGGUUUUCUUCCACAGGGGAAUUAUGAUGACGCUUUGAAGAUUUUUGAUGA